UCAAAUGUUAUUUUGUAGGCGCAACAUGAACGCCAUGAGAACUCAGAAUUGAGAGCUGAAAAUGAGAAACUUCGCGCUGAUAAUAUAAGGUAUAAAGAAGCACUUGGAAAUGCUACUUGCCCUAAUUGUGGAGGCCCUGCUUCCAUUGGGGAAAUGUCAUUCGAUGAGCAACAUUUGAGGAUCGAGAACGCUCGUCUUAGAGAAGAGAUUGAUAGAAUAUCAGGAAUUGCUGCAAAAUAUGUUGGGAAGCCCAUGCUUACAUAUCCUAAUCUUCCUCCUACCAGCCCGACCCGUUCACUCGAUAUCGGUGUUGGUAGUUUUGGGCCUCAAACGGGCCUUGUUGGAGAAAUGUACAGUGCUGGUGACCUUUUAAGGUCAGUUUCAGGCCCAAUAGAUGCUGAUAAGCCCAUGAUCAUUGAACUUGCUGUAGCAGCUAUGGAAGAACUUGUAAGAAUGGCCCAAACUGGAGAGCCCUUAUGGAUUACAGGCCCAGACCCAGGCCCAGGCCCAGAUAGUUCUAUCGAAACGCUAUGUGAAGAGGAAUAUGUUCGGACUUUUCCUCGAGGCAUUGGGCCUAAGCCUUUGGGCCUAACAACUGAAGCCUCACGAGAAUCUGCUGUCGUUAUUAUGAAUCACAUCAAUUUAGUCGAAAUCCUAAUGGACGUGAACCAAUGGACAAAUGUUUUUGCUGGACUAGUAUCAAGAGCAUUGACAUUAGAUGUCUUAUCAACUGGAGUAGCUGGAAAUUACAAUGGAGCUUUACAAGUGAUGACAGCUGAGUUCCAGGUCCCUUCACCAUUGGUUCCAACGCGCGAAAAUUAUUUUGUGAGAUAUUGUAAGCACCAUGCUGAUGGAACAUGGGCUGUUGUUGAUGUCUCCUUGGACAAUUUACGACCUACUUCAGUGUCGCGUUGUAGAAGAAGGCCAUCGGGUUGUUUAAUUCAAGAAUUACCUAAUGGUUACUCCAAGGUUACAUGGAUCGAGCACGUUGAAGUGGAUGAUAGAGGUGUUCAUAACAUCUAUAAACCUCUUGUCAAUUCAGGCCUCGCGUUUGGGGCUAAACGUUGGGUAGCUGUGUUGGAUAGACAAUGUGAACGACUAGCAAGUGCGAUGGCUAAUAACAUCCCAACAGGGGAUAUUGGAGUCAUAACGAGUCCUGAAGGCCGGAAAAGCAUGUUAAAACUUGCUGAGAGGAUGGUGAUGAGUUUUUGCGCUGGUGUUGGCGCCUCAACGGCUCAUACAUGGACUACAUUAUCUGGAAGUGGUGCUGAUGAUGUUAGAGUUAUGACUAGAAAAAGUAUUGAUGAUCCAGGGAGACCUCCUGGUAUUGUUCUCAGUGCAGCCACUUCAUUUUGGCUUCCUGUUCCUCCCAAGAGAGUCUUUGAUUUUCUCCGCGAUGAGAACUCUAGAAGUGAGUGGGAUAUACUUUCGAAUGGGGGGCUAGUUCAAGAAAUGGCACAUAUAGCAAAUGGUCGUGAUCCAGGAAACUGUGUAUCUCUGCUUCGUGUUAAUAGUGGAAAUUCGAGUCAGAGCAACAUGCUAAUACUCCAAGAGAGUUCAACAGACUCAACAGGAUCUUAUGUUAUUUACGCUCCAGUUGAUAUUGUCGCAAUGAAUGUUGUGUUGAGCGGUGGUGAUCCUGACUAUGUUGCUCUACUACCAUCUGGAUUCGCUAUACUUCCAGAUGGUGGCGGAGGAAUUAAUGUUGGUACCGGUGGAUCGCUUCUCACUGUUGCAUUUCAGAUUUUGGUUGAUUCUGUUCCCACUGCAAAACUCUCUCUUGGAUCUGUUGCAACUGUCAAUAGUCUUAUCAAAUGCACUGUUGAAAGGAUCAAAACAGCUGUAGCUUGUGACAGUGCUUUAUGAAAUAUCUAAGAUUUAUUUGAAGGAUGGAGGAGGAGUCAAGAACGAACCUCAAAAGUAAUCCUUUGUUAGCAAAUAUGGGAUUUGUUUGGGUGAAACAAGGAAGCAAAAAAAUUGGAAAUUUUGCUAGCAUGCAAAUGUAAUAGGUUCGGGUAUUGACUUCACAAAUUGAUGUAACUUUUGAAUAUGUUAACCAAACAAGUCCUUAUUUUACUUGAUCAUGAUCAAGCUUAAAAAAAUUUCAAAUUGAAGCUAAUUAUGUUAUUAGCAAUUUUUUCACUUUUCA